AUGCGAAUUCUUUCGGCGUUCUUUACUGUACUUUUCACGUUCAUCAACCCGUGCAUGAUGUAUAAAGUAGUCACCGAACUAGAAGCGUGUUUUUCGCAUCAUCUACCGGAACGAUUACGGAUACGAGUAAUUGAAACAGUGUGCAACUACGUCUUUAACAACAAUCUUAGCACAAGAAUACGUCUAGCUGUAUAUGUAACAGUAAUUCUCUUCACGUUGGUGCAUCUGAUGUUGACGUGUUUAUCUCUUUACGGUACCUAUUCAUGCCGUCCCGGUUUCAUCCGGCCAUUUCUCUUCGAUGCCGUCUUCAGCACUGUCUUACUACUAUUGUUUGUCUCAUUCUCCGUUUUAAUCUACGUGCAAUUAACUUCAAGUGAAGAUCUUGAGGAUAAGGAAGAUGCGAUGAAAGUGCAUUUGCGAAACGUCUACGUUGGCGCCGCUUUUCUUUUCUCAUAUAUUGUUUGGAUGGUAGUUUCAAUCGUCGCAUACUUGGACACCAAGAAACUCCAUGCAGACUUUAUGUAUUGGAUCGUUGAAGAGCGAGUUAGCCAACGAUCAAAAGCUAAUGUUUCUUCGGAUAUAAGGUGA